AAAAAGAUAUAAUAAAACAGUGCGCCACCGCACCUACUUCAUUCACAUCCAAGUAUCCCACCAACCUUCCUAUUCUAAUUGGUUUUCAAAACCAUCUUGGCUCCUCCGUUGGACCAUUCCCAAACAAACCUUUCAGUGCCACCACACCACCCACGAUGACGGUGGUUCGGCCACACGUGCUGGUGAUUCCGUUCCCAGCACAAGGCCACAUGAUACCCCUCCUCGACCUCACCCACAAGCUCGCCGCCGCCGCCGACAGCAACCUCACCAUCACGGUGCUCACCACCCCAAAGAACCAAACCUUCCUCACCCCACUCCUCUCAGCUCACCCUUCCACCAUCCACUCCUUGCUCCUCCCCUUCCCCUCCCACCCCUCCCUCCCUCCCGGCAUCGAAAACGCCAAAGACAUGCCAAACUCCUUACGCACCAUCCUCCUCUCCUUCUCAAAUCUCCACCAACCCCUCCUCCACUGGUUCAAUUCCCACCCUUCCCCUCCCCAAUUCAUCAUCUCCGACAUGUUCUGCGGUUGGACCCAAAACCUCGCCGAACAACUAAACAUUCACAGAAUCGUCUUCUCCCCUUCCGGCGCCUUCGCCUACUCCACCUUCUACUACCUCUGGAACCACCUCCCCAAACGCGUAAACCCCACAGACGAAAACGAGGUCGUUUCGUAUCAAGGCCUCCCGAAUUCCCCUAAGUAUCCCUGGUGGCAAGUCUCGCCGUUGUUCCGAAGUUACGUCGACGGCGAUCAUGACUCCAAGCUAGUCAAGGAUUGGUACCUCGGUAACAUGAAGAGUUGGGGACUCGUCGUAAACUCGUUCUCGGAGUUCGAGAAGCCUUAUCUCGAUUACCUCAAGAAAGAGCUCGGGCAUGAUCGUGUGUGGGCGGUGGGACCGUUGCUCCCGGUGAACGACACGUUCGCCGCCGGGAGAGGUGGGUCCAGCUCUCUCUCCGUCGACGACGUCGUUUCGUGGCUUGACCAACGACGGGAACGGGAAGUGGUGUAUGUCUGUUUCGGGAGCCAAACGUUUCUCACGGAUGAACAGACGGCGGCGAUUGCAUCGGGGCUGGUGAAGAGUGGGGUUCACUUUGUCUGGUCGAUAAAGGAGCGCGUGAACGUGAACAACGGAGACGACGGCGACGACGACGGUUGCGAUGAUUGGUCGGCGGGGUUAGAUGAAAGUCGCGGCCUGGUGAUUAGGGGGUGGGCCCCGCAGGUGAUGAUACUGAGGCAUAAGGCGGUGGGCGCGUUUUUGACUCACUGCGGGUGGAACUCGGUGGUGGAAUCGGUGGUUGCUGGGGUGCCGGUGCUUGCGUGGCCGAUGUCUGCGGACCAGUUUGUGGAUGCAACGUUGCUUGUGGAGGAGUUGAAGGUGGCUGAGAAGGUGUGCGAAGGUGAAAAAACCGUUCCUGACUCGGACCUGCUGAGUCGAGUUCUAGCUGAGUCGGUUGGCGGAACCGGUGAGGAAACGAGGAAGAAGAUGUUGGAACUGCAGGCCAAGGCCGUUGACGCCAUUGGAGAGGGUGGCAGUUCCGACAAAGAUUUGGGGUGCUUGAUGGAACAUCUUCAGAUUUCCCUUAAGUAUGACGUGUCGUAGAAAGACUUGAAGGUUGAAGGUUUGACUAAUUUAAUAAAAUGGGUCUUUCUCCAAAUAUAUUUGUUAAAAUGGUCUCUUUCAAAGUAUAUUCACCUUCUGUUCUAGAUAUUCUUUCAGUCAUGCUGGAAGUUUAACCAUAUUACUGUUUAUGUACCCUGCCGUUGGACAUUUUUUAAAUGUUAAUUUGCACUGUUGACAAAAAAAAAAUCAAUAUUUUGAUUUAUUGUCAACUAUUAUUCAUAACUU